CGGACGUCCACAGCACAGCGACACAAGUGCGCGCUACAGGCGAGAGAGAGAGCGCGAGGCACGGCAGGCAGGCAGACGGACGGACGGCGGGUACCGGAGCGACGACGCGGCGGUGUGUCUGUCUUUGUUGGAAACCGGCGGACUGGAUGGUGGAUUUGUUUAUUCUGCGGCUUUGGAUCGGGGGCUAGGAUAACUUCGCAUGGGACAAAACCCGCCUUCUUUCAUGUCAUCCGCAGAUUUGUUUCGCCCGGCGUGUUGACGCCAGUGGAGAGAGGGGAAACGGGAGGCUUUUUUUUCUGGAGGAGCGCAGUUGACAGAUAGGCGACAUGAAUAUACACGCGUUUCCUUCCGCCAGCUGUACGGGAUAGAUGCAAUCAAAGCGGCGUGCGAUUUUUAACGUGAUUUCAGGAGCUUGCGAUGCAGCAACGUGGGUCGGUAUAAACGGAGACAAGGAAGCGAUGCUCUGCUGCACGCUUGAGGCUUUGCACCCUAGGGCAAUGUGUUAUUGACGAUUUGCGCGGCGUGGAAUAAUGCAUCGAGACACAACUUUGUUCACAGGCCUGACAGACUGCGAGACGCUUGAUUAUCUCUUCUAAAAGUGCAUUUAUUUGUUAGCCUGGCGUAUGAUAUAGUAAUCCUGUUAGUCUUGAAUACAGCUUAGUGCAUCAGUAAACGCCAGUGCCAUUCUCUCAACCCCCCGAAGACGCGUGCUGUUUUAUGAUUUACAUAUUAAAACCCAAAUCCUGCCCUCUAUAGAUGUCAGUGAUUGCGCUGGAGCCCGGAGCUCCGGAGUUGUGUUGCCAAAUGAUUGGUAAAUUGUCGAUGUAGGCAGGCCUAACCUUCGCUUAUGCAGAUCCAAUCGAUAGCGCGAUAAAGACAGCUCUGGCAGGCGGUUUAUGCUCCUCUGUAAGUGUCACGGGGGUGUGUUUUAAAUCCCGCGUAUCUAGUUUUUACACAUGCUCCAAAGCGGCGAAGCGGCUGCUCAGUAGAGAGCGGAGACUGUCACAACACUGUGCCUUCUCGGAGAAGAUACCGUAAGGCUGCGUCUCAAGAAAAGUUUCAAUGGUUUUCCGAAAGUUGCCCGGUGUGUCGGCAUCGGGCAUGGGUCUGCGCCUGUCCCAGAAAUUCGUGUUUCUGCUCUUUCUCUCCGGUUUGGUAACACUGUGUUUUGGGGCCCUUUUCUUUUUGCCCGACUCCGUCCGGCUAAAACGCAUUUUUCUGUCCAAGACAGAGACCCAGCCGGUCACUGUUGGCUCCGGGUCCGAGAACGAUGCCAGGGAGCACCUGAAAAGACCCAAGGAGCAGGAGCACCCGCGGGGCAUGACCUCGGCCAAAGGAGAGACCAGCACCAAGCUGAAAAGUCUGAGCCGCAAGCCGUCCGUCCCUCAUGAGGCGACCGAGGCGCGGCUGGCCGGGAGCAGAGCGCAGGAGGAUCUGACUCUGCCCAGGUCGAAAGCGGAGUCCGCCUCGGAGAAAGCGACCGCUUCUGACCACGGUGCCACCUCGGAUACUUUCAGUUACACCAAGUUCAAACGGUGUCUGCUCAAACCCCCGCUGGGGAGAGACUACGGCAAGCCGAGCGACCCCAAGACCAACGAGCGCCGGGAGAAAGUGAAAGAGAUGAUGAAGUUUGCCUGGGACAACUACAAGCGCUACGCCUGGGGAAAGAAUGAGCUACGGCCUUUGACGAGAAACGGGCAUAUUGGAAACAUGUUUGGUGGCCUGAGAGGAGCCUCCAUCAUUGACUCACUGGACACGCUAUAUAUUAUGGGAUUGAUGGAAGAAUAUAACGAUGCCAAGGAGUGGGUGCAGACCAGCCUGGACCUAAACUCGAACGGUGAGGCAUCACUCUUUGAGGUGAACAUCCGUUACGUCGGCGGGUUGCUGUCUGCGUACUACCUGACAGGAGAGGAGGUGUUCAAGAAUAAAGUCAUGGAGCUGGGAGAGAAGCUGCUGCCCGCCUUCAACACGCCAACAGGAAUCCCCCGAGGAGUCAUCAACCUGGGGAGCAGUGGCACCAGUUGGAGCUGGGGCUGGGCCUCAGCCGGGAGCAGCAUCCUGGCUGAGUUUGGGACGCUUCACCUCGAAUUUGUCCAUCUGACGGAGCUCUCCAGGAACCCCAUCUACACGGAGAAGGUGAUGAACAUCAGGAAACUACUGAACAAGAUUGAAAAACCCCACGGCCUGUACCCCAACUUCCUAAGUCCAGUCAGCGGCAACUGGGUCCAACAUCAUGUUUCCAUCGGUGGCCUCGGGGAUAGUUUCUACGAGUAUCUGAUCAAAUCAUUUCUGAUGUCAGACAAGACGGACGAUGACGCAAAGAAGAUGUACUACAGCGCGCUGGAGGCAAUUGAAGCUAACCUGGUUCAGAAGUCAGCUGGUGGUCUCACGUAUAUGGCCGAGUGGAGGGGAGGGAUCCUGGAUCACAAGAUGGGUCACCUGGCCUGCUUCUCUGGGGGCAUGAUCGGCAUCGGGGCUGAUGAUGGAGCGCCGGAGAAGAGGCAGCACUACCUGGACCUGGCUGCUGAGAUCACACACACAUGCCACGAGAGCUACAGUCGCUCAGCCACCAAACUGGGACCUGAGGCGUUCAGGUUUGAUGGCGGAGGUGAAGCCACGGCGACCAGGCUGAGCGACAGAUACUACAUCCUAAGACCGGAAGUCAUCGAGAGCUACAUGUACAUGUGGAGACUGACCCAUGACCCCAAGUACAGAGAGUGGGGUUGGGAGGCUGUUGAGGCCCUGGAGCAGCACUGCAGAGUGGAGUCUGGCUUCUCUGGGAUCCGUGACGUCUACACCAUGACAGUCAGCCACGACAACAUGCAGCAGAGCUUCUUCCUCUCAGAGACACUCAAGUAUCUGUACCUCCUCUUCUCUGAUGACGACCUUCUCCCACUGGAGGACUGGGUCUUCAAUACAGAAGCCCAUCCGCUGCCCAUCAUCCGCAAGAGCUGCCUGCAGGACGAAGCGACACAGGAUAAGACUGUCUCCGAAUAAGACUGAACACCACCGACUACAGCUGAGACAGCGACAGACACAUUUGCACAGUUCAUGUGCACACACAGAGUCACACAAAUAUUGCAAACACCAAUUCAGUGCAGGUUCAGAGUCUUUUCAGGAGCGUGUUAUGGACUCAAUUCCUUUCCAGUAAAGGAUGUUGUCGUUUUACGCUGUGAUUGUAUAUCCUUUCGCCGGGCUAACUUCCUGCUGGCACUUCUCUUUUGUGGACAAUCAAGACAAACAUGACUUUCAUGAAAAGAGCACCUUUUUCUUUCCUUCUUUCCUCUGUGAGGAAACCAGUAUAACUUUCAGACCCAAAUGUAUGGGAGGAGGGUUGAACUACGGGCCAUAUUGUUAGAAAGAGAGAGAAACGUAUAGAAAACCACUUGAGUUUUGCUCUUUAAUUUCGUUGUUUUGUUAAUCUUAAGUGAUGAAUGAUUUCCUUCUAUCUCGUCAUUGCAUUUUUCCCUUUGUGAGUACACUCUUUGACCAAAGGUUUCUUUGCAUUUCUAUUUCCCUCUUUUCCAGUAAUGUGCUUUUGGUGAGAUUUGACAGGAAGAAAAGGUUGCUAGAAGGGUUGAACUGUAAAGAAUAUUGAUUAAUGUACAGACAAACGUGAAAUGUGAUUCUUGAAUCUGCCUCUGAACUAAUGUUGAUGUCAUGUUUCUUACCGAAACAAGCUUGAAUGAAAAUUUUCAAGUCAGGAGGUGUCAGGAAAGCGGCAGUGUCUUAUGCAUCCAGGGACCAUUUAUGAAAAGACUACCGUUGGCUCGUGUUUCCACUGUAUGCUUGGGUUAUUUCGUGAACAGGACAAAGCUUUCUCAGUCCUCUCAGCCUUUCAAAUCAAAUGGAGUACUGUCAGUUCUGUGGUCGUAAUACACGCAUAAAGGAAAAAGAAGGCAUUUGCUAGCCAGCUCCAAAUGAGUUUUCCUGUUUCUGUUGUAGUUUUCUGCUUCACCCUGCCUUCACGUGUGAAUCCAUACGGCUGCCAAUACUGACGUUAAAGGCUCUAACCGAGAGCCGACUGUGGAGACGAGUUUUCAUCUUCAUCACUGUUCUUUUCAUCACUGCUGUCCUGCACAGUUGUGGAGCGAAUGUGCUGUACAUACAGAUGAAGUGAGUGACCCCUGUGUGAGCUUGUCUUGACUUUAUUUUGUGAUUAUUUUUUUUUUCUAAACUUCAGUGGUUAUUUUUUCUGGGUUCUCUUUUGAUUUGCUUCCCUCAGGUGUUUCAGUAAAUAAGGAAAAAAAACAAACAAAAAAAACUAAACAGUUCUGAUUUUAAGUCUAGUUAUUGCUGAUAUUAAUUAUUGUUAUUACUUAUUCUUACUGGUUGAUUUAACUUUCAUUGUUGAAUAUUUUUCAAAUACUGAUAAAGACCUGUGCAACUUUGUACAU